GGACCCGGCACGGCUCGGCACGGCCCGGCACGGCUCGGCACGCCGGGAGCGGAGCGCGGGGCGGACAGCGCCGGCCCGGCCCCGGGGCCGGGUGGGGGUCCGUGCCCGGGCCCGCCCCGCCGUCCCCGGAGCUCCGCCGGCAGCAGCACCUUACCCGGGCUCUUCUUCCCCUGCAGCCCCGGGGGCAGCAGUCGAGGCGCGGCGGCGGAACGGCCCGGCCCCAGCCCCGGCUGCGGCGACCACGGCCCGGCGGGGCCCAGCGCCGUCCCCCGCGGGUGGCAGCGGGUGAGCAGCCGCAGGCGGGCGGGAAGGACGGCCGGGAGGGUCGACGUGUACUUCGUAAGCCCUGAAGGGAAGAAGCUGAGGUCAAAACGAGCACUUGUGGAGUAUUUGCAGAAAACUGGGGAGACAACACUGAAAGCAGCAGAUUUUGAUUUUGCAGCUCCUCGAGGGAGCACACGCUCAGGACUGAGGGGAUAUGGCACAGGAGCUGCGAGGACUGACCUGGAAAAGGAGGAUUGUCAGAGCAAAGUGCAGGAGCUCCAUGCACAGAACGGUGCUGAGGCUGGCAUUCAGAACAUCCAGGCUGGGAGUGAACGCCUGGAAGAUGCUGCAUCUGCUGUGGAAGGCACAGAUCUAGUAGUGACAGGGAAGGUGCCAGCUGCGGGGGACCUGGGUGAGCGCAGUGCUGGAUCUGACAGCGAGCUGGAGGCUGAGCCGUGGGGCAGGACGAGCUUCGCAGCAGCCAGGAUGUCAGCAGAAGAGUCUGUCCCACGAACACAAGUGGAGAGAAGGAAAACAAGUCCAUAUUUUUCCAGUAAAUACAGCAAAGAAGCCCCCAGCCCACCCAGAAGGAAGGCCCUCAGAAAAUGGACUCCUCCCCGUUCUCCUUUCAAUCUUAUCCAGGAAACACUCUUCCAUGAUCCGUGGAAGCUUCUCAUUGCCACCAUAUUUCUCAACAAAACUUCAGGGAAAAUGGCCAUUCCAGUGCUCUGGGAGUUCCUGAAGAAGUAUCCUUCUCCUGAGGUAGCCAGGGCUGCAGACUGGAAAGAAAUGUCAGAGCUGCUCAAACCUCUUGGCCUCUACGAACUCAGAGCCAAAACCAUCAUCAGGUUCUCGGGUGAGUACCUGAGCAAGGCGUGGCGCUACCCCAUCGAGCUGCACGGCAUCGGCAAGUACGGCAACGACUCCUACAGGAUCUUCUGUGUUAACGAAUGGAAGGAGGUGCAGCCACAGGACCACAAGUUGAACGUGUACCACACGUGGCUGUGGGAGAACCGGGAGAGGCUGAGCAUCGACUGAGCUGAGCUGGGCUGACCUGGCCCGGCACCGCUUGGGUCCGCUCACAGUUCUGGGUGUAAAUAGC